GACUAAAAGAUUAGGGUUAAUCAUGCUCUUAAAUCCCUACAUCAUCUCUCAUAGGGGUCAUUUAUUAAAAUAAUUAUGUAAUACUACUAAAAAAAAGUUUAAGAUGGGUCAAAGUAAAGGUUCGAACUAGUGUCAUGGGGGUCAAGCUAAUGGAUCUCAACCAAAUGUUCCGGCCAAAAUCAGUCAUACAUAAGCUAAACUCAUUUAUUUGCAGAAGUCAUGUGGGUCCCCUCUCCACCAUAUGGCUCCUGCCACUGGCCACAAAAACGUCAGCAAGCUUUUGUAUAGAAUAGAGCCUUCUCACAGACUCACAUGUCACACUACAAGAAAACGUAGCAGUAACAACGGCGUUUUACGACGAAAUUAUUUCCUCGUAAAUUUACAUCAGCUUUACAACGCAAUUACGACGCAACUAACUCAGGAGUCUCCCGAUGGAUUACCCGUCACAUUGUCCACCGAAGAAGCCGACAGAAUCUUCGAAGAGCUGGCUCCUAGAAAGAAGGGACGAAUAGUCGGUAUAGGCUCUGUUAACGAAGUUGCAAGGGCAACUUCGUCAUACACUUCGACACGGGAUGAAGAGACUUCUCAGAUGAAAGCUCGAAUGGAUAGCCAGCAGGUUCGUUUAGACUCUCUUGAGGAUUUGCUAGACGUGAUGGCCGUGGGAAAUCCGCUUAUGCAGAGAAUGUUGAGUGACAGACGAGCCGCUCUUGGGUUGCCAGUACGAGAUCCCCAAGAGUCCGAUCCAACCCGUCAACAGCCGAGCAACCCUACCGACUACUUCGAUGAUAUGUAGUUUUUUUAAUAUUUCGGUUUGUAUUAUGAAUUUAAAUAUUAUGACUUUUAAAUGCUUUUUUAAUAUAUGUUUUUUAUUUUCAUAUUUCGUUUUAAAAUUAAAAUAAUUUAAAAUUCCGAAUUUUAAAUAAAUUCAAAUAUAUAUUAUAAAAUUAAAUAUAUUUGAGGUUAAAAAAAUAUUCAAAAUCUAUAUUAUAAAACGAAACGUCGAUGUAAACUCGACGUAAAUAUUUACGACUGAUUACCGUCGAAACAUUUACGUGGAGUUUACAUCGAAAUAUUUACGAGGGUUUUACAUCGAAAUGUUUACGUGUUCGUUACAACGAAAGUAUUUACGUCUGCUUUACAUCGAAUACAUUACGUUGAGUUUACCACGAAUUAUUACGUCUCGUUUACGAUGAAACUAUGUCCUGCGCUUUACGAGGAAUAUAUUUCGUCUUAAAGUUAACAAGUCAUUUACAACGAAACUUCGGUUACGACGGGCGUUUUACGACGAAACGUAUUUCGAGGUUAAUGUGUCGUAACAUCCCGUUUACGACGAAGGUACAACGUAUAUUGCCCUCGUAAAAAAUAUGUUUUCUUGUAGUGUCACGUACAAGCACCUGCAAAAGCAGCAUCGAUGUGUCUCACUUGCAGAUAGAAACGUUCUUAAAUUUCUAAGUUGGUUACAACAAGUGAAAUCAGAUUUUGAUUGAUACAUGUCAAAUAUUAUUUUUAAAGUAAUACCAACUAGUUGUAGCCUCUAGACAAUAAUUUGACCCACGCCCCUAGAAAGAAAGAAAUGAUCCAUGUAUACUUUGCCCUUUGUUAUUGUCUACAGCCACUACAAUGCCUUCUGAGUCGUACGUUUCAAAUUUCUGAAGAUAGAAAAGAUAUCCAAAACUCAGUACAACUUCAAAUGCACUUGAAACAUUCUGAUGACUAAAGAUAAUACUGACCUGUAAGGACUUGAGUCAAGAGUCAAACAUAUUCUCUUUAGAU